AUGAAGGUUGCUGUAGUGGGUUCAGGCGUAUCAGGUACGCUGACCUCCAUUUCUCCGCUACUCAACGAGCAUAGCAAGCAUGAAGUACACCUCUACGAAGCCGACUCGCGCCCGGGUGGCCAUGCCAAUACCGUGCGCUUUGUUCCUCCGGAAGGGUCCGGACAUGAAUCGGUAGAUGUCGAUACGGGAUUCAUUGUGUGUAACCCAAGCACAUACCCCAACUUUCUGGGCUUCCUGAGAAGCAAUGGGGACAUCAAAAUCAAUGCUACCGAGAUGACCUUCGCUGUAUCCCGGGACAGAGGUCUCUUCGAAUGGGCAGGAGACAACCUUUUCACCAUAUUCUGUCAGCCGUGGCGCGUUCUAGACCCGCGGAUGUGGGAGCUCAUAUACGAUGUCCUGCGUUUCAAUGCAUGCAGUCGCGAGCUCAUUACUGGAACCAACAAAAGGGAUACCGCCGAGAAUGAGCAGCUCAGUAUCGGAGAAUAUCUUGAACGCGAGCAUUACUCGGACUCUUUCCGUGACAAUUAUCUCAUCCCCAUGACAGCAGCCGUAUGGAGUACACCUCCAGACAAAUGUUCGUUGGGGUUCCCCGCCCGUACACUGAUCAAGUUCAUGCAUAACCAUCACCUCUUACAAAUCACUGGAAAGCCUAAAUGGCUCACGAUCCAGGGCGGCAGCCGUUCAUACGUCCGAAAGAUCAUUUCGGCGCUCCCUGAUGGACAUUUACACCUCUCCGCGCCCGUUCUUGGCAUUUCUUCCCGCGCCAAUCCGGACGCCGUCAGUGGACAUACGGUAUCAGUCAAAUACAAAACUCAAGACGGGCACGAGGAAAUCGAAGAGUACGACCACGUCAUUCUUGCGUGUCACUCCGAUACGGCACUGUCGAUGCUUGCAGCAGGCGACGGCGGAGCAAGUCCUGACGAGAAACGGAUCUUAGGCCGUGUUCGCUGGAAUCGGAAUGUCGUCGUUCUUCACUCCGACAUUUCGUUGAUGCCACGCAGGCGGCUGGCGUGGUCCUGCUGGAACUACCUCACUGAAAGCGCGACUGACGAAAAUGGCACAUCUAAGGCCAACAAUGACCAAGUCGCCCUCACAUAUUGGAUGAACGAGCUACAACACCUCCCUGAAGAUAAACAUGGGCCGGUAUUGGUUACAUUGAACCCUCCAUUCGAGCCCGCGCCGGAUAGAACGUUCGGCCGCUACCAGUAUGACCAUCCCAUUUUAGACGCAGAGGCGGUGCUGUCCCAGAACGAAAUGACUACGAUCCAAGGGAAGAGGGGUAUAUCGUACGCGGGAGCCUGGCUCAAGUACGGGUUCCAUGAAGAUGGAUUUACCUCAGGAUUACGUGCGGCGGCGGACCACAUACCCGCCGUACAGGCUCCGUUCGGUAUAAAAUCACCAGACCGUGAUCCGGACAUGCUUUGGUUACCAAUCUUCUUCCACCUAUUUGAACGAUCCGGCGCCAAAACUGUCGUUGCUGUCGUUGCUGGCUUCUGGUUGCGACUCGUCCGCGUCGUCAUCGGCCACGUCGUUGACCUGACGCAACUCGAAAGCGAGUUGCGGACUGCAGAGAAGCGUCGCAAAUAG